AGUCAUGAUCGGAAGCAUGUUUGUGGAAUCUGGAGUGACGCCUCCCACAGUCGGAUAUUUCUUUGUUUCUUUCUUCCAUUUUGAAUUCUUUUCUCCUAAUUAUUCCAAAAUGUUUCUUAUCGGCUCUGAAAUCAGAAUUCCGAUCAUCUUUGCGCCUUGUUUUCGAUACCGAUUCCGCCGUCCGUGAUUUUUCAUCGGUUCGCUUUGCGAGAUCAGGAUUCAGGAGCAGCAAUGUCUUGCAAUGCGUGCAAAUUCUGCACGGCGCUGGGUGCUUUGGUUUCGAUUAUGAUCCUCUAUGUUCUAGGUAUAGUCGAUCUCUCCUAUUACGCUCUGCUCGUCGUCAACUAUGGUCCGCCUCUCUUAGUUCUAGGGACCUAAUUCUUCCAAUUUCUUAAGACUUGUAGAAUAGCGUUAUGCAGAGAAUAGAGUAUCUCUGGGAUUCUUCUUUUCGGUUUGCCAGAAUAACACAAAAGAGAAUAAACACUUUGCCUAAUUCUGAAGUUGGAAUGAUGUGUUGUGUUGGUGAUGCUAUUAUGGAGCUACUUUUCUGUUGUUCUAACAAAUCCGGGGUGUGUUCCACCGCCCCGUUGCCAUCACUGUUUUGUUUGUGGAAGGUGUGUAUUGAAACUGGACCAUCAUUGUGUGUUGGUCGUCAAUCGUGUUGGAGCAAAGAACUACCUGUACUUCCUGCUAUUAUUGUCUUGAAUUUACCAUUUGCACCGAGUGUUAUGAGUUUUCUGAUAUUGCACGUAUCACUGGUAGCAGUCAAUACCACCAGAGUUGAGAGGCUCGAAUAUACGUCGCCUAAUCGAAGGCGACAUGAUUUCAAGUUGGCUGACUCACUCAGUGGUGAGAGUAAGUGUCGCAUAACCGCUUGCAAGCAUCUUGUAAGAGUGCGAUUGUUACCGCAAGCAUAUGAGAAGAAAACCACUAAAAAAAUGGCACCAUGGCCUUGGUCACCUAAAAAUUUUGAGCUGGUAUCUUCUUCACAACUCACUGGCCUCUUCCUUGCUGACAUUCGCUUAUUCACUUAUUGAUGGUAGACUUAUCUGUUGGUGGGUAGACGCUAAUUUUACCAUAUUCAUGUCCAUAUUUAGUUACAAGCUACCCAAGUUUGUAGAGGCUUGUUACUCUCUCACCAGCGUUGCUUCCUCUAGUACUUACUCUACUGCUCUCAGCAGAUCAAACUCCCCUAUUUCUCAUCUCUUGUAAUAUGCUGGAGUUCUUUUGCCUGUGAUACUAAAUGAAUUCAUGAUUCAGGUGUUGAGAAUGGAUUAGAAGUACUGGUUUAUCACUGCAGCUUCUCAAGAUGACCUAAAGCAGAAGCAUAAUCUCCAAGGCAUCGAAUAUCCAAUAAGUGAGUCAGUUAAGGAUGGCCAGGGCUGCGGCGGGUUCCCUCCAUGUGCAUGUGAAGGGAGGAAAGACAGAACUGGCGUCAAUAAGUUGGAGCUUGAAAAACAAAAUCUCCGAAACUCUGACCAUGUAUUAAACGAUGAACUACGAGAUGGAGAGAGAGAGAGAUAGGAGAGAUAAAUUGUUCAUUAAUU